CACUGAGCGCGGAUCUCUGACGGCCAUUAUUUGCAUCUUGUGGAGCCGCAUUGUGUGAGAAGGGGACGAUCAGGUCAGGCGGUGGUGGUGUGGUGACGGUGACAAGCGCAGCGUGGCGUUGGGUGGCGAUCCAUGGGGGAUAAGACGAGCACGGUCUUGUACGGCGUCCCACCCUCCGUCUUUGUCAGCAGCGACCUCAUCAAGGGCAGCAACCUCACACACCACAUCCUCAGCCCGCCAUCCAAAGCACAGCAGGACAUGACGGAGUCCACCACUACCGAACACGAGACGGAGCAGACAGACAACCACCACACCGAAGGCGCCACCAACGGGGCGACACAGCAGGACAGCCAGCAGGACCACCAGCCACAGGGCCAGUAUGAUGUGGUGAUUGUGGGAGCAGGCCCCAGUGGCCUCACUCUGGUGAGCAACAGAAGCACUGCACUGGAGUGGGCGGCUGAUCUCUCUCUCUCUCUGUGUGUGUGCGUCUGUGUAUGUGUGUUUGUCAAGGCUGCUGAUUUGGCCCGUCGCGGCGUCCGGUUUUGCGUGUUGGACAAGGAUGACCGCGAGAUGCCCAUCAGCAGAGGGGUGUGCUGCCACGCAAGAACACUCGAGCUAUUCGAAAGUGAGCCGCUGACUAAGGGGGAUGGCUGAAUGACAGCAGGGAGGGAGCCUCUCGCUCUGCGUGUGUGUGUGUGUGUGUGCAUCUAUCUGCACAGGCUUGGGUGUGGUGGACGAGAUGAUGGCCAAAGGGAUGGAGAUCACAGGGGAGAGACUGUUCGUCGACGGCUCCGUCGCCCUCGACUGGUCGGCGUCCCACCGACAGCAACGCAAAGGACACACACACACACACGCAUGGCUUCUUGAGUUUGCCGCGGUGUGGUGUGGUGUGGUUGCUGUGACUGUGCAGGAGCUACGACCGUGUCGACUCGCCCUACCCCUUUCCAUUCCUCGUCCCCCAGUGCGACAUCGAGACCAUCCUGGCUUCCAAGAUCCCCCCACAAGACAUCAUCCGCCCCGUCAGAGUCGACGCCAUCAGCAUCGGCACACUCCCAGAUGAGGGCGUCGGCGUCACCCUCACACCUCUCCGCAGCAGCACCAAGGGCAAGGGCAAGGAUAGGCAGCGCGCUAAGGGAGAGGAUGGUGAGAACGGUGCGCCGACUGAGGUGGGCGGGGAUGAGGGCGGCCAGCGGAUUGAGAGGAGGGACGACGCACUGGUUCCCUCUGGGCCAUCUCGGACCAUCACGGCCAAAUACAUCGUCGGCGCAGACGGCGCACAGGUGAGAAUGCCGCCGAUUAAUCACUCACCACACGAUUGUUUCCCUGUCUGUCUGUCUGUCUGUCUCUUCCUCCUUCAGUCUGUCGUCAGAAAAGCCAUGGGCGUGGGGUUCCACGGCACCACCCUGCCCUUCGAGCUCAUCGACUGCGACGUGCGCAUGCAGUGGGGCGUGCCCCGCGAGAAGACCCGCACCAAGUUCAACCUCCUCACAGCAGAGGGCAGGAUGGUCUUGGGGGUGGCGCUGUCCGACGACCGAUGGCGGCUGGUGACCACCCGCCCCCUCCCCACCAGCAAUCCAUACGAGCUCCUCGACCCCGCUUAUCGCCCUCUGCCAUUCACCAAGGAGGAGCUGGAGAAGGCCGUGUGCCAGGCGGUGCCCGGGACGGAGAUCUAUGAGAUUAUGUGGGGCGACGCCUUCUCCAUCAACUCGCGUGUGGCCGAGAGCUUCCAGCUCGGCAACGGCUUCCUCUGCGGAGAUGCGGCACACCUCUCACCGCCUAUUGGUCGGCCGAAACACCCACAUGGACAGAUGGAUGGAUGGGACGUUUGAGGGAGUGGUGCCAGCCACUCGUAUGUAUGUUCUGUCUGUCUGUUUGCAGCGUAUCAGGGUCUGAAUGUGGGCGUGCAGGACGCCAUGAACCUCUCGUGGAAGCUCGCCCGCGUGGUUCGCGGGACGGCCUACUCGUCACUGCUCGAGACGUAUCAGGCGGAGCGAAAACCGAUCGACGGUCAGUCAGUCAGUCAAUCGAGACACGCCUUCACACCUAGGGCCGUGUCAUGACUGCGUGUGUGUGUCUGUGCAUGGCCCUGUGUGCAGAGAUCAUUGUGAGGAACACAUCUCGGGGAUACAAGGAGCUGGUGGAAGCCAAGCCACGUGAGAUCUCCAUCCAUCCAUCCAUCCGCCCACUCACCCAACCGUGUACAUGUGUGUGUGUGUGUGUGUGUGUGUGCAGAGGGCCUCACCCAUUGGCUUCUGAAGAACGUCCUCCCGCGCAUCUUCGGGCUCAAGAGCGUCGGCAGGCACCUGAGCAAAGCCAUAUCAAUGACCUCACAGAAAUACCCCCACUCCGAGUGAGACAAGACAGACACAGGCAGACAGACAGGCAGACACACACAGACAGCCGGGCACACCCACCCCACUCAGCCGAAGCAAGCAGCCGCGACGAAUGCAUCGAUGGCAUGCUCCCUCCCUCCUCUGUCUGUCUGUCUGUCUGUCUGCAGGACGCAUAUGACCCUGACGGGCCCGGCGAUGAUGCCGAAGGCGGUGGAGCCGGGGUCGAGAGCACCUGACGCGCGAAUCGGGCUGGUCAGCCAGACACACAUUGGCCUCUACACAUUCCCUCCCCACAUUCCCCUCUACGGCGAGUGCGUGUGUGUCUCAGUUGCGCGAGAACCGUGUAUCGUUCCAGGGCCGUCUGCACCAGCUGUACGCGUCGCCCCACUUCACGCUGCUGCUGACGGCGCGCAUCCCCGACCCCAAGCCGCCCUCCAACAACGGGCUCAUCUGCGGCUGCUGCGACAUCUGCAUGGACGGCGCCAACAUGUACUCCGGCACCUACCCACAGGCAGCCGACUCUGCCAGUGAGCCAGAUGGACACACAGAGGGCUGAGUGACGGACAGCCCUCUCUCUCUCUCUCUCUCUCUGUGUGUGUGUGUGUGUGUGUACGUGUGUGUGUCAGUGGGUCGGUGUCUGCUGCAGAUGGUGCGUUUGGCUGACGACGUGGUGCGGCGGCUGGGGUGCCCCAAGAGCGAGCCCAAGGGCGGCGCCAGAGUGAUCGUCGUAUUCACCGCCGGAAAGGUGAGGCAGAGACAUCCAUCCAUCCAUCCACCGAUACCCACCCACCCACGCGCACCAACACACCCUAGAUACACGCGUGUGAGUGUCUGUGUGUGUGGGUGGUGGUGGGUGCGUGUGCAGCCGGCCAUCGUGCCGACCAAUGCGAGCGGUGAGGGUCUGGCUGAAGUCCUCAAGGACGUCAAAGCCAAGUUCCAAGUCUCGUAAGCGACUCUACCGCACCGCCACACACAUACACGUGCCCCAUGCGUGUCUAUUUGUGUGCGCGUGCGCGCGUGUGUGUUCAGCAUUGGGUGUCGGUGCCCCACAUUCGACUUGGAGGUCGGGUGGGACAUGGACGGGGAGGUCAUGGAUAAGUACAGGGUGCCGCUCAAGCCCAAGACGCACCCCGGGGCCUGGUUCUUCAUCCGACCCGACGGCUACAUCUCCCACCACGGUAUGCCAUCCCACGCACGCACGCACGCGUCAACAAACAGGGCGGCAGGAGUGAUUGCGGGUGUGUGUGUGUAUGUGUGUAUAUGUGUGUGUGUGUGUGUGUGGGUGAUUAACAAACAGGUUUUGCGGGCGACCAUGUGGCUGAGCGCCACCUCACCGACUGCCUCACCCACUACUUCUGACCAUUCAUUCUGACUCACUCACUUGUGUGAUCGAACCCGUGUGUGUUGUAGCCCAUCCAUCUCCUUUAUCUCUUUUGUCCACCCUCUCGGCUGCCUGCCCUGCAGAGGAACGAGGGGCGCGGCCCUGAGAUCUGUCGCUUGCAUGGCAGGGUGGAGACGAACACAACUCUCUCACCUUGCCGCGACAGACUCCAUGGCUGUGCCCUUGCAAGCACGUGGGUGGGUGAGAGAGAAGGCCCCGAAGACGGCUGUGGGCCCUUUGCUUACUUUUUUUUGUUUACUUGCUGAUGGAGACAGAGCAGAGAGAGAAAUGGGGUGGCAUGGCUUUGUGGGUCUUAAGAGGAAUGGGCAGGCGUUCGUCUGUGCGUGUGAGUGUCGGCUGGCUGCGUAGAAAGAAGACCUGUUUGUAUGCAGCCUCCCUCCCGCUCGCACCGCACACCUCUUUAUGGGGUUUUGCGUCACCUGAAUGAGUGAGUGAUCUGUGUGUGUGUGCAGCUGUAGUGUGCCCCCGUCCGCCGCCACCGUGUCUGUCUCUCUGAGUGUGUCUGUGUCCGUAUCUCUCUCACGCACCUGAGUACUUCUGUGCCUGCCUGAUUGGGGUGGUAAGUGAGGGUGACCGACUGAAGGAGAAAGGCGUAGAACUUUACUGUAGGUGAGCGCGCACACGGCCAGCGCAGGCAGCUUUCGUGUAUGUGGCGUACGGCUGGCCAGAAGCGUGUGCAUAUGUGUGUAUGUGUGUGUGCCUGUUGGUUGUCUUUUUCCCCGUGCGUGCACGCAACGGGCCAUGGUGCACAGCCCAGCCCAGCCCAGCCCACGCCCUCGGUAUCGAUGUGUGUGUGCGUGAAGCGCAGCGAGUGUCAGGAAUGACUGUUUAUGUCAUAUGGGAGGGAUACGUGUGCCAAGCACAUCCAUCCAUCCAUCGAUCGUGACAGUGACAGCGAGAGCAGGUGGGUAAUUGGCUUAAGCGAGAGAAGAGAGAGG